UUCCCUGUCAUUCUCCCCUCCCCUUUGCCCUGCAGCGGUGCGAGGCGCCCCGCGACAGUUGCUGGGAAGAGCACAGCCAGGGCCCUUGCUCUGGUGCCGCGCUGCGCCCAGGGACUGCCGGCGCGCUCCGGGUGCGAGCGGCUUGGGGCUUGCAGGGCCCGUGUUGAGUCUCCCGCAGACUGCGUUUGGAUCAGUGGUAGCGAUGGGAGUGGGAGCCUCGGGGUCGGGAACUUUCCUUUCCCGCGCCUCUCUGGGUGGCUGCCCGACUUCUGCAGGUGGAUGGGCUGGCGAGCGAAGCAGACCUGCCGGCAGGGGCCGCGGCGAGGUGGGCUGGGCGCCUUUCGCAUUGCAGGGAUCACUCCGAACCGCCACCCGCCCCGCUUCCCCGGCUCUGCCUCUUGUCGUUUGUGCCCUUGGUGUCUCCAGCGUCUCGGCGGGGGACACUGAGCCGGUAGUCUAACUGAGGCAGCCCACGACUGGGGUGGACGGCAGCCAAGACCUACCUCCACCCGCGGAAAUGGCCCUGGGGCCCUAGUCUGAUGCUGGGGCGCGGUGGUGGGGUGUUUCUCCUCGCCCUCCUGGAGAGUAGGCUCUUGAUUUUUGUCUUUCAUGUCACCCUCCGAGAGAGGAGCAGGUGAGAGUGAUUUCCCAGCGACCGCCUUGGCCAGUACAACCAGAGAACAGGAUUCUUCUCUUCUUUUUGGCCACUAAAUGCCUCUGUGCACCACACUUUCCAGUGAAGGAAGAAGGGCGGAGCUUCUUGGAUGACGAUGGACAUUCCACCGGGCAGGAUGAGGGCAGAGUGUGUGACAUCAACACCACAAGGGUCCAGCGUGAACUCCAUCUCCCUUCCCAGCCAGCUCUCCGCCGCCUGUAUCCACCAUGGUGUUUGGUGAGAUUUUCCAUCGCCCUGGACAAGACAAGGAACUUGUCAACUUGAACGUGGGGGGCUUUAAACAGUCCAUCGACCAGAGCACCCUCCUGCGCUUUCCUCACACCAGACUCGGGAAGCUGCUCAGCUGCCACUCGGAAGAGGCCAUCCUGGAACUGUGUGAUGACUACAGCGUGGCCGAUAAAGAGUACUACUUUGAUCGGAACCCCUCCCUGUUCAGAUACGUUUUGAACUUCUAUUACACGGGGAAGCUGCACGUCAUGGAGGAGCUGUGCGUGUUCUCGUUCUGCCAGGAGAUCGAGUACUGGGGCAUCAACGAGCUCUUCCUCGAUUCCUGCUGCAGUAAUCGCUACCACGAGCUCAAGGAGGAAAACCACGAGAAGGACUGGGACCAGAAAAGCAACGAUGUGAGUACUGACUCCUCGUUCGAAGAGUCGUCUCUGUUCGAGAAGGAGCUGGAGAAGUUUGACAAGCUGCGAUUCGGUCAGCUCCGGAAGAAGAUCUGGAUUCGCACGGAAAACCCAGCCUACUGCCUGUCGGCCAAGCUCAUCGCCAUCUCCUCCCUGAGCGUGGUGCUGGCCUCCAUCGUGGCCAUGUGCGUCCACAGCAUGUCGGAGUUCCAGAACGAGGACGGGGAGGUGGACGACCCCGUGCUGGAAGGCGUCGAGAUCGCGUGCAUCGCGUGGUUCACCGUCGAGCUGGCCGUCCGGCUGGUUGCUGCUCCCUGUCAAAAGAAAUUCUGGAAAAACCCUCUGAACAUAAUCGACUUCAUCUCCAUUAUUCCCUUUUAUGCCACGUUGGCUGUAGACACCAAGAAGGAAGAGAGUGAGGACAUUGAAAACAUGGGCAAGGUGGUCCAGAUCCUCAGGCUCAUGAGGAUUUUCCGCAUCCUCAAGCUGGCCCGGCACUCGGUAGGACUCCGGUCUCUCGGUGCCACACUGAGGCACAGCUACCACGAAGUUGGGCUGCUGCUUCUCUUCCUAUCGGUGGGCAUUUCCAUCUUUUCCGUGCUUAUCUACUCUGUGGAGAAAGAUGACCACACGUCCAGCCUCACCAGCAUCCCUGUCUGCUGGUGGUGGGCCACCAUCAGCAUGACAACCGUGGGCUACGGAGACACCCACCCAGUCACCUUGGCUGGGAAGCUUAUCGCCAGCACGUGCAUCAUCUGUGGCAUCUUGGUGGUGGCCCUUCCCAUCACCAUUAUCUUCAACAAGUUUUCCAAGUACUACCAGAAGCAAAAGGACAUUGAAGUGGACCAGUGUAGUGAGGACCCACCAGAGAAGUGUCACGAGCUCCCUUACUUUAACAUUAGGGACAUUUAUGCGCAGCGGAUGCAUGCCUUCCUCACCAGUCUCUCUUCUGUGGGCAUCGUGGUGAGUGACCCCGAAGCCACAGACGCCUCAAGCAUUGAAGAGAACGAGGAUGUUUAUAACACGGCAUCCUUGGAGAAUUGCACGGCGAAAUGAGCAGGGACGUUUGUGCCUGUACCUCGUGUCCCUUACCGAUGUUAGGUUAACACAGCUUUAUAAACCUCAGUGGGUUUGUUAAAAUCAUUUAAUUCUCAGGGUGUACUUUUCAGCCAUAGUUGGACAUUUCACUGCUCUGAAAUGAUAGAAACGUCUUUAUUUUUUUCAGAGAGGCGGAUUAAAUGCCUUGCUCUGAAAUUUAUUCUUUAUAAGAGAGAGUUGUGUUAUGAUUUUUGAAAAACAAAAGGUAGAUGGUAUUGGGUGGGAUCUCUUGCUACGGCUUACGUAUCGUUCUGUGUUUAUCAUUUACUCACAUUGAGCUAACUGUCAAUUACUGACAAGUAGAAUCAAAGGCCCAGCUGACUGAAGAUUACAAGCAUGUAAGAUCCACAAAAUGAGACAAUGCAUGUCCAUCCAUGUUCACGUUCUAAACAUGGACAUUAGGCGCCUAAUAAACUGCCUACUUCAGUAUGGAGAA